AUCUCAGUUCCGUUCGUUCCCGGAAGUUAUUGUACAGCCGUUUCCGGGGCGGUGUGAGGAGGAGUUGGACGCCGAAUGGGUCGCAGCCGAAGCCGCUCUCCGCGGAGGGAACGUAGGCGGUCCCGGUCCACAUCCCGGGAGAGAGAACGAAGGCGCCGAGAAAGGUCCAGGUCACGGGAGAGAGAUCGGAGAAGGAGCCGUUCAAGAUCCCCACACCGAAGGCGCUCCAGAUCUCCAAGACGACAUAGAUCCACAUCUCCUUCCCCUUCUCGACUGAAAGAAAGAAGAGAUGAGGAAAAGAAAGAAACAAAAGAAACAAAGAGCAAAGAACGUCAGAUUACUGAGGAAGACUUGGAGGGCAAAACAGAGGAAGAAAUUGAAAUGAUGAAGCUAAUGGGAUUUGCCUCUUUUGACUCCACAAAAGGGAAGAAGGUAGAUGGCUCUGUCAAUGCCUAUGCCAUAAAUGUGUCUCAGAAGAGGAAGUACAGGCAGUACAUGAAUCGAAAAGGUGGAUUCAACAGACCUUUGGAUUUUAUUGCAUGAGAAUUGAAAUUUGAAGAAUGAGUUUUUUCCCCCCUCAUCUUGGUCAGAGAGUGGAUUUUGUAUUUAAUAUGCUGCAAAACCAGGAUUGCUGUUCUUCUUUCUUGUAAAGUAAGAAAAUCUUAUUUAUGAUGUGUGCAGUUUAUUUACCUUUCCUCAAAAGAAGAUAGGUUAAACAAUACAUUUUUUUUUUUUUAGGAAAUAUCAUUUGGGGCAGUCAUCAUCCCAUUUUGUUUGUCCUUAUUCCUAUGGAAGCUGUAUAUGUUUUCUUCUUGGAUGCUUGUUAGGACUUUAUAACAAACAUGAAAGUUAUUUGGAUGUUUCUCCAAUAAAGCAAUAUUUCCACUCAA